CGAGAAUUAAUUUUUGGGAGCGCGCGAACUGUUGCGCGCCUAAAAUCCCGGAGAGAGAGCGAAGCAGAAGAGACCGUCGGCACGACCAAAGCCGGAACAGAAUGAGGGCUAUUUAGGUAAUUCAACCAUAAGCACAUGGGCAGUCGACCCGACCCUAUGGGACAAAAGCUUCAGGCUAAGUUUUUCUUCCCCCCACUGCUCUCUAAAAUAAAUAUACAUUAUUAUAUAACCAGCGUCCGUUGUCACAUUGGAGAAGCAAGAAAUUAACGUACUGUUCCUCCUCCUCCUCCUCCUCCUCCUUGGUUUUAACAAUGUCAGGCCCAUAUUGCUGCUGCUUCUAUCUUUGCCCCUUGAUUCUCUUUCUUGGGUUCGACAUUGUCGAGUCACAUCAGAUUGGGGACCAGCAUUGGCGCCCGGCGACCGCGACUUGGUAUGGGAGCCCCGAAGGAGACGGAAGUGACGGUGGGGCCUGCGGCUACGGCGAUCUCGUGGACGUUCGCCCCCUAAAGGCUCGCGUGGGCGCAGUGAGCCCGGUGCUGUUCAAGGACGGGGACCCCACCAUCUGCUCUCGACGGGCCGUGACGGUGAUCAUAACGGACGAGUGCCCCGGAGGUUACUGCGCUUUUGGCCGUACGCACUUUGAUCUGAGUGGGGCUGCGUUCGGACGGAUGGCCGUUAACGGCGAGGGGUCUGAGCUCCGUGAUCGAGGCGAGAUCUCGGUCCUUUAUCGAAGGACUCCAUGCAAAUAUCCCGGCAAAAAUGUGGCAUUCCAUGUGAAUGAAGGGUCCACAGACUACUGGCUUUCUCUUCUAAUUGAGUUUGAGGAUGGAGAUGGAGACAUCGGAUCUAUGCACAUCAAACAAUCAAGUUCCAAUGAAUGGCUAGAGAUGAAGCAUCUCUGGGGAGCAAACUGGUGCAUAAUUGGAGGACCUCUGAGGGGUCCAUUCUCUGUAAAACUUACCACAUUGUCAACACAAAGGGUACUCUCCACAAGAAAUGUGAUCCCAAAGAACUGGUCUCCCAAGGCAACUUACACCUCUCGCCUCAAUUUCACCUAAUAUCUUGGCCAUAAAUUGAGUAUAGACAAAACUCUUCCAUAGAUAAUAUUAUAUGAUCUUCCAAUAUCUUUGAGUUUGGAAGUUUGUAUGUAACAGUUGAAGCCCUUGUAGCCCUCUCCUAAGAGGAGAGAGAGCGUCUUCGUUAUCUUUUUAUGUGAGCUCUGUAAAGCCCCAUCUAGAUUUAAAGUGUAUGGGGCCUCAAUCACAGUGGCAAUUAAUGUUUUUUCUUUGCAUUGUUA